AUGCCCUAUGGAUGGCUCAAGAGACCAGAAAUUUCAGAGAUCAUGUCAGUACACAGUAGGAGCACUAACCACAGAACAGAGGCCGAUAAUGACCUCUACUUCAAUGAUGACAGCGAUGAGCAUGACUGGUGGCAAGCUGCUGCUAUCGAGGCUGACCAGCUGGAGCACCACACAGCUAGCAAACACAAUGAGCUGACAAUGCCAUCCUGGUCCUCUCCUGAGAGGAUCAAGUUCGAUGUCCCAGUAACGUUUCUGAGUACCUCAAGGAGCAGGCAUAGGUCAAUAAUGAAAUCACAAAAGAGAACACCCUCUUUGGAUGCUAUCUUCAUGCCCAGAAGAGGAAAUGACAAAAAGGUUUGGAAGGGAGAGGAACUAGUAUGCUCAUUGGAACUACUACCAACAGUAUACCUGACUCUCUAUUCUGGGAACCUGCCACUCCUGCCAGCAAGCCUGACCCCUGAACAGGGACCAAUACCAUUGCAGAGACUGACGAUAUUCCCAUCUGAGAAGAUAGAAUAUCAGCAGACCACAGGACAGUCAGAGGGGAUGAUGAAGGCAUUGAUCCCACAGGUGACAUUAGAAGGUUCUUCAAUAGAGAUUUCACCACCCUUUUCCUCAACCCCCAAUUUUAUUGAAACUUCCAUUGGUAUUGCAGAGCAAUGGCAGCAGCAACAGAGGAAGGAGAUGAGAAAGAGCAGCAGGGGCAGCCUGAGCAGCAGCCUUCUUCUCAACCUGGAUCCAAUGAUGCCAGACCCAGCAUGCAGCCCCAGCAUGGCCAUUCCAGAGGUCUAUGACCUGCAUGACAGUUCUCUCCUUGAGGGAGACAUGGACAGCAAGACUACCAGUGGGGACACAGAUGAUGAGGGAGAGGAGGAUCAUGAUGAGGAAGUUGAAGAUCCCCCAACUGACUGGAUCAGUUUAUAG